AUGAUAAAGCUAGAAUAUCUGAGGCUAAACACUCUAUUAAAGAAGGAGAAUGUUCAAUUGAAGAAGGUGAUCAACAACCUUGAGCAAGAGAUUGCUCAUUUGAAAUCUGAUAAGGUCAAAGAAAGGCAGCUGCACCCAAUAGAGGACUCACCUCUGCCCUCUGAAUCAGAGGUCCAGCUAAGCAAAGAACAAGAUUCUUUAGGUGGAGAAAGUUCUAUGACUGAAUUGAGAUCUGAAGUGAAACGACGGCUACUAGAGUAUGAGAAGUUGGAGGCGGAGCUGGAUCAGCUGACUGAUGAGUAUGACGAGCAAACUGAUAAGAUUCACCAGCAAGAAAAAGAAAUUGAACACCUGCGAAACGAGAUUCAUCAUCUCCGAGCCGAGAGCAAAGGACUGGUUCCAGUGAAGCAGGAACUCAAGGUUGAACCAGGUUAUCAAGAUGUCAUAUCACGCCCUCAUCUACCAACUGAAGUCUUGAGUCAACCACAGGAAUCCAUACACAGUUUUGACUUCCCUGGUGUUGAAGUUGUGGCCAGAACCUGUGUGAUCAUCACCAACUCACCCCAAACCUUCCACUGGGUUGGCUAUGGGUUCAAGCUCACCAUACUCCAGGGCUCCCUGCCAGCUGGUGUUGAUCAGUGUCAACUAGAAAUCAAGGCCAGUGUAGCUGGACAGUACCAGUUUCCUGACGAUCUUCAGUUGGUCAGCGGUGUCUUCUGGAUACAUCCUCUUCCCUUGUGUCGAUUCCAACAGCAGCUGACAGUCGAGAUACAGCACUGUGCCAAGAUUACCAGCUCUACCAAGCUCUCAUUUCUCGUAUGGUUCAUUGGAGCUGAGCGAGUUCAGUGGACUGGCUGCAGCAGGAGAGGAUGUGGAGAGAGUGUACACUGCCAGCCUCUACUACCUUGGCUCAGAGCUGAACAGCAAAUACAUUUUGUCGUCAACUGGGAUAAUGAGAUUCAUAAAACGCUUGUGAGUGAAGAGUACUCCUCUAAAAGAGCCAUUCUCGGAGUGAAUCAUUUUGUUGAGUUCGAGGAGGACAGUUUAACACUGGAUAUUCCUAUGACUGGUGCUGAAGUCAGUGGAGGGUGGAGAAUAACGCCAAUGUUUCAUCCUACGGUUAUCAAGAAGCAUGUUGACCAGUUCAAGCCUGGACAGAGAAUCCCGUACUGUCACUUGAACGCUGAGAUGACAAACAAACGCAAGAAAUCUGCUCCAAAGCUAUUCCUCCAAGUCAAGCUAGUGGGUGCAAAGGAUCCCUACAACAUCAUCACUAUUAAUCUGGACCCUCAACGAACUCUUCCAGCAGCUAGGGAAUUGCUGAUGCAACCUCAGUCACAUGGGACUCAUUACCCACCCUCCCCUGGACCACCACUUCACCCACUAUCUCGUGGCUUGACACUCUCGGAACAUGUCAGCACACAAACAGACAUUUCUGUACAUGACGAUGAUCAAGGAGAUGAAAACCAACUAUGUAUCGACAAUUUGCAAGACGUUUUUUCUCUAUUAAUCAAGGCCGCUAAAGAUUGGUUUGAGUUGGGCCUCGCUUUGAAGAUUAAAGUUGACAUCCUUGAAGGUAUUGAGUCUAAUAAGAGCAGCGAUAAAGCUCGCUUGCGUGAAAUGCUGACCCACUGGUUGCGAUCUUCGCCUUCUCGUACAUGGAGUGAUAUUUGCAAGGGCCUCAGAAGUGACACAGUCCAACAAGACGUUCUAGCAGAGGAGAAAUACUUAAAGGAGGCAGCCCCUGGGAGCACUCGUCUCGACCACGCCCCAUCACUGGUGAGAAGAGAGAGGCCACUGAACACACUGAGCAAGUUCCCCUCAAGAGACCUCGGUCAGAGGAGCAGUGAGGGAGGAGAAUGGACUACGUACACUGUCCAGCUCGUCUGUUGAUGGUCACCUCCUCAAGAGAACAGGGGAACAAUAUAUACUAAAACACAACAUUAUCAAUGGCAUACCUUAAUUAUAAUUAUUUUUAUGCUAAGUGCGAUUCAAAUAUUCCAAUUUCGUUGACAUGCAUUGA